CGGGGGGCCCCGCGAAGAUCUCAGCCUAUUCGUUUCCUUGAGUCCGGUAGGCCUCUCGGUGUAAUUCCAGGCGACUCUCCACUUUCCGAACUGCGCCAUUUUCUUGCCUGGGCUCGUAAAUUAACUGCUCCGUUCCCUUUCUGGAGCGGAAGGCUAGACUAAUUAACGGGAUUUCAGCCGUGAAGUAGGCUCGGCGCAGGUACCCAGCGAGUAGAGUACGUCGCUGCCCUACGCCGGAUAUUUCCUUGGGCGACUGUUAUUCCUCUUCCAUGGCUUACUUUUCGCGCUUCAAAUCUUAUUUGAAUUGGAUUCUCCAUAGGCAGACGCGUGCCCUCUUUAUCCUCUCUCUGCUUGCUGGCUCAAUGCGUUGAAAGAGCAUUGUUCUACUUAUGUCUUGCUAUCAUAAUGGAGAGCGCCUCCAUCUCGACUAUGCCCGCAUAUUUCGAGCUCAGCUGGUCGAUUUUGAGUAGCAUUGGAUUAUUCUCAGUGGCAUUGAGUGCGCUUGUCAUUGCUGCCACAAGUCUUACGCCGCUCUCGAUAGUGCCUCCAAUCCUCUCGGCUGCUUGUGCUGUCGCCAAUGGUCUUUGUUAUUAUGCCUUUUAUACAAAUUACAAUCCGGACGGCAGGGCUGUAGCUGCGGCUUUUGCUGAUUUUUUCUGGCUAAUCCAGGAAGCCGGUCUGUCCUUUUACAGCUACCAGAUCCUUCUCCGUACACUACAAGGACGCCGACUGGUCGUUUUCCAAGCCAUAUUCUGGACCAUGAUAGCAGUUAUCACCUGCAUCCGCGUAGCGAUCAUAGUCAGUCGCGUGCACGUCGUACUGCACGGGUCCAACUCGUUGCAGUAUCGGAUUGACUAUCUACACAUGGGCUACUUCAUCUGUAUUGCCGUUGUCGAGUCCUGUAGCUCCGCAUUCCUCAUUCAGCUUCUUCUAAGGGCGUACACACUCGCUUCAUCUGUGGAUCAACCAAUGCAUGAGGGAGGAGCAAGAAGGGGGAUAUUUAGGCAUUUACUUAAGACGACGGAGAUGCGCAUGGCAACCCUUGCAAUAGUCGGCAUCACGCGCGCGGUCACAUAUUCGUUCCAGACUACGUCGCAGAGUGCUACAACAGUUGUGAGUCAGUUAGACCGCUUCGUUUAUAGUCUUGAAUGCUUGUUUCCUUUUGUCAUGCUGGUUGACAUUCUCGCAUCCAAGGCAUAUCACCAGAGAGGAAGCUCGGCAAGAAGUCAUUUGCGUUCGCGCAACCCCUCCUUCCACUCCCGCCGGUGUCGAUGCUCGUAUAGAAGACUUGAUAGCACAUGUCGAUGUCAGGAAAUGCCCGAAGUUGCUCGGAGACCACUCUCCCAAAACAUAGAUGUUGAGGAUAGCAUCCAUGGAUUCGAUAGCAGCUGGUUUCCCACGCCUCCACUAAAACAGAGUGAUUCAACGUCAUUUGGCAAAAGCCACCAUGACGAAUGGCCGAGCAGAUCAAAACAACUAACUUACUAAUUAAUGACUGAAUGAUAUGUCUAAAGAUUAUGUAAGUUACUAAAAGUGUGCCAUAUUCCAUUAAAUCAUUAAAAGCGAGGUGAAUUAAUAUUAUAUUUCGGUGUUGUCGCUCUUAUAUUGCGUGAAUAGAUCAAAU